AUCACACCCCCGCGACUUUGUGAUCUUGUGCCGCGCAACCCCCCAAACCGACCCCUUUCCAGCUAAUCUGUUCCCAUCUCGCUCUACCUGUUUCCGUACCGUGUGCUGCGACGCAGCGCACUACAACUUCCUAUUGUAAUGGCCCUGCUCGUAGUGAACUCAUUAGCGGGACAGUUAAAGACGCUUGUGAUUGUUGUGUGUUAACAGUAGUAGCUUCGUAGAACUGAUAUCGUUUGCCCAAUACCGUUGGCACAGUGCACAAAGGAAAGCCUGAUUUGUGUCGCGAGAAGCUAAGGCUUAAGGUCGCAUAGCGUUAUGCGACGUUCAACGAUGUUCGCAUCGAAGAAGGACCCGGCGAUCCGGAUCCUGUCGACAUCGUCUUCGUCGCUGCUGGCAGUGUGUCUGGUGCUGAGUGUAGUGCUUGUACCAGCGGUGCAGUGUGAGGGCCACUACUCGAUCGUGGGUGCGAAACUGCUCCGGCCCAACUCCGAGUACCAUGUAGCGGUAACGAACCAGGAUGUGAGCGAACCGAUCCGUUUCAGCCUUGCCAUUACGGAUGCAAGCAGCGUGAUCGCCAAACAGGAGAUUACGCUGAACACCGGUGAAACGCGGCUCGUACCGUUCGCUAUUGGUGAUAUUCCCGAGUCGUCGUACAAGCUGGUCGCCGAAGGGUUAUCGGGCCUAACCUUUAAGAACGAAACCGAUUUGGAGUAUCAGCAGAAGAGCUUCUCGGUAUUUGUGCAAACGGACAAAUCCAUCUACAAGCCGGGCGAUACGGUGCGGUUCCGUGUGCUGGUACUCGACCCGAACACCAAACCCCUCCAGAAGGCGGACAACAUUAGCGUGCACAUUAACGACGCUAAGGCGAACCGCAUCAAGCAGUGGAAGGAGGGCAAGCUGGUGAAGGGUGUGUUUGAGUCGGAGCUAACCCUCUCGACCGCCCCGGUGCUGGGCGCGUGGACCAUCAACGUGGAAGUGCUGGGAUCGAAACACAAUAAAGUGUUUGAAGUGGAUGAGUAUGUGUUGCCCAAGUUUGAGGUUACGGUUGAGUCGCCCGGCAUCACCACGUUCAAGGAUGGUAAGGUGAAGGCGAUCAUUCGCUCGAAAUACACGUACGGCAAGCCGGUGAAGGGUGAGGCAACCGUGUCGGUCAGUCCCGAGUUCCAGUUCAAUUACGUGCAGCCGUUCGCUAAGGAUGUGAUCACGCGCAAGGUGAUCCCGAUCGAUGGCAAGGGUUCGGUUGAGUUCGAUCUGCGCGAGGAUAUCCAUUUGGAGGGUGAUUACUCGCGUAACAUCGUCAUUGAGGCUGUGGUGGAGGAAGAGCUAACUGGACGGAAACAGAACGCCUCGGCCAAGGUGAUGAUCUACGAUCGUCGCUACAAGAUGGAGCUGGUAAAGUCGGACGAUAACUUCAAGCCUGGGCUGCCGUACACGGCGUGGCUGAAGGUGUCCUACCAGGAUGGUGCGCCAGUGCAGGACCAAACGAAUCCGGUCGAAGUAAAGCAGUCUUCGUUCGAAAGCACCACAUCGGUGCAGAACUACACGCUCGAUCAGAACGGUAUGGCGAAGCUGGAGAUUAACACCGAGGUGAACAGCUCGUACAUCAACGUGGUCGGUGUGUAUCUGGGUCAAGAGUUUUAUCUGCACGGAAUUUCGAAGGCCGAAUCGGACGUGGAUUCGUACAUCCGCGCUCAAGUGCUGACGGAGAUGCCGCUGGUCGGUAAGGAUGUGCUGGUGGAGGUGACCUCGACCAGCCCGAUGAAGUACUUCACCUACCAGUUGCUCGGACGGGGAGAUGUGCUGCUAAGUAAUACGAUCGCUGUGCCGGAAAGCAAAACGCAGUCGUUCAAAUUCCCCGCCACCUUUGCGAUGGUACCGAGGGCCAAGCUGGUUGUGUACUAUAUUGCCUCGAACGGGGAUAUGGUCAGCGACAGCAAGGUGAUCACCUUUGACAGUGAGCUGCAAAACUUUAUGAAAGUAAGCCUCUCGAAGGAGCAGUCGAAACCGGGCCAGGAUGUGGAGAUCAGCAUUAGCACCAAUCCAGACUCGUACGUCGGACUGCUCGGUGUCGAUCAGAGCGUGCUGCUGCUCAAGAGCGGUAACGAUAUUACGAAGCAGCAGGUGUUUAGCGAGCUGGAGAAGUACGAGGAGCGCUCGUACGGGUUCUAUCGCAGGAAGAAGCGUUUCGCAUGGAAUCCGCAUGCUGAACAUCGGGAUUUUAGUACCGUCGGUGCAUUUGUGAUGUCGAACGCGAAUGACCCUCCCCAAAAACGUCCAGUGUUCUUUAGCUUAGCUGCACGCCCCGUGCCAGCAGGUGUCAUUAUCACUUCUGCAAGACCAUUUCUCGCCGCCACGGCACUAUCAGCUAGCUCGCCUGUGGCGAGUGAUCCAAUCGUUGUUAGGCGAACCUUCCCAGAGUCAUGGAUAUGGGAAAGUGAUGAAGGGUUUGUACUGCUGCUGCUGUUACUGCUGCCGUCGCUUUACCUUCAAUGCGGCAAUCCGCAUGCGACCCGCAUCACACUGCCAUCCAGGGGCGUAUCGCGUAGCAACGCUUCAGCAGCGCACAACCGUUUCGAUUCACCAAACAACAUGCACCGUUCUUUUGAUUGCAGCCCAUCGCAGCCGGAUCGAGCAGGGGGCGGACGGGCGGACCGUACCAGCAGCAUACCCGUCCAGCAGGGCGUCCCACACUACGCGGCCAGCUUUGCCUCGGUGCAUCGUCCCCGGCAGAUAAGCAACGUGGCGGCGAUCAAACGGACGGCCGGUGCAGCCCAGGUCGGUACGGACGCUUCGUCGACGGUCGUUGUCUUUGGUUGUCUGCAGUCGGGUGCAGACAGUCAGCAGCCGGGCCAGGCCGCUUACCCACACCCGAAGCGACACGCCAAGUAUGGCCCGAGCAAGGCCGUGCCGAUGCCACAGCGACCGGAAGCGCCCGGCUCGAGCGGUCCGGUAGGCCGAUCGAAUGGGAAAGUAGCACUGCCGUACUCGGACCCCGCUAUCGGGUGCUCGGUGUCAUCCGGGCGUAAUCCGCCCGCACCAACGACGGGCUCCUGUGUCAGCGGCGGUGAAAACAAUGGCAGAAUAUUUAAUCAACCGACGCUCCCGCUGCCGGUGCAGAUUCCGAAUCCGUACGCUUAUACGUCGUCACCUGCGGUGGCAUCGGUCGCCGGGGCAAAUUAUGGAGCGCAGCAGAUGCACCAGCACCGGCCGGUAUCACAAAAGACUGAUUAUCUACAGCCGUCGUCGUCGUCGUCGUCGGGUGGCAUUAGACAGGGCGUAAAUCAAAAGUCCUCAAGCUCGGCGGGCAUGGCGUCAGCAGGAACAGGAGAUGGCUGUCGACGCUUCGGCGCCCAGUCAUCAGUCGGAACUCGAGGCUUCACUACCACGGUGCAAGUACCGGCUGCUCCUGCCGGAAAGCUAACACCGAAGCAGCUGAAUGACAUCUACGAAAAACACUUGUUGAGCCAGACUACCUUUGAGGUGGCAGGCACGAACCAAGGGCUGCCGUCCGUCACAAUGCUAACAAGCUCGUCCGCGAAGGGAACCACCACCAGCAGCAACACACCGCCCAUCAAACACAACUCCACCCCGGAAGGGAGUCGAACGCUAACGAAGAGUGACACUCGGUUGCGUGCCACGGCGAAAGCCUUCCUGGGAAAGGAAGGCUCACCGGCCCAACCGUACGAUACGACCGCCCAGCGCAACACCGAACAGGAGGAGCAUAAUUUGUACGAGUCCGUACGUAGCAAUUAUCAUAUCUACGAAAAGAUUGACUCGCGAAGAUCUUCCCUCAGCGGGACGACUCCACCGGUAACGUCCGCCGCAUCCUCGGUAGCGUCCUCGUUGGAGCAGUACGUACGCCCGGUCGCUCCACAGCUUGGACCACCGCCGCUUCAUCCACGGCCAAAGUCGCAUCCCUCGGGCGGGAUCGAACCAACCGAUGGCAGUUCAUCCACGGCAGCCGCGUCCGCAGUCCAUCAGGUUAAUCUGCAGCAGCUGCAAAAAUCGAUACAGUUUAAGCUGGCGUCGAAUGGUACGGCCGGGUGGCCGGGUGUACUUUCGCCCAUCCAGGAACGUCCUCCAUUGCCGGCUGGUAGUCGGCUGCAGGCACCGACACGGAGCGCAUCGUCAAGGACUGAGCGCGUCAAUAUAGCACUGGAAACAGCCAAAGCAAUCGCAACGGCAGCGUACAUCGAAAGAGCUGCACAACGAUUGGCUUCCGGCGGUAGCGAAAUUGCACCGGCCACAGCGAACAACGGCACCACGGAAAUGAGUGCGCACGGUGGUUUCUGCGGAGCGAUCCAGCGGGCACCGCCCCCGGUACCGGCCGGUUUGGCCCGCCGGAUGGCAAACCGGGAAAAUAUCGGCCUCGGCAAGGUCAAAGUCAUGCUCCGAGUGUCCGAUGACCCACCGAGGCAGCCAGCCGGCGAACAACAGGACCAGUCGUCGGCGCCAGCCGCCACAUCAUCAUCGAGCAACCCUCCGCCCACCUACCUGACCGUGGACAAGAAGAAGCGUCAGGUGACGCUGACGGAGACGCACAGCAGCGCAACGAUGGCCCCGUCCGAGCGCGGCCCGAUGGUGUCCGCACCGAAAAUGUUUGCAUUCGAUGCAUUAUUUACGACCGAGGAUUCGCAGCAAGAUAUUUGCGGAACGGCCCUUUCCGAGGUGAUACCAGCCGUGCUGGAAGGAUCGGAUGGAUGUCUUCUGUCUCUCGGCUACCCAGGAGCAGGUCAAUCACGCACCAUGUUCGGCACGGUGACGUCUCCCCCGGGAGAUCUCGGCGCGAUACCGUGCGCCAUCUCGUGGCUGUACAAGGGCAUUAAUGAGAAACGUCAAAAAUCGGGCGCCCGCUUUUCCGUGCGCGUCAGUGCACUCGGCGUGAACGCGACCAAGCCGGGCUCAUCCUCGAGGGAUCUGCUAGCCGGACAUGCGACAGAAUCGGAUGACUCGCCCGGGAUGUACUUACGGGGAGACUUUCUCGGCCGGCCAACGGAGCUUCGGGCGCCCACAGCGGAACGGGCCGCACUCUUUCUCGAUCUGGCGCUAUCGGGACGAUCGCAGUGCAACUUCGAGCCGGCCUUAAUCUACACCCUGCACGUCUAUCAGUACAGCUUGUCGGGCAAGCGUGGAGUUGAAGGAGGAAGAAGUCGUCUGCAUCUAAUCGAUCUCGGUGGCUGUGCGAAUCGAAACGGAGGUCUUCCACUGUCGGGCAUUGGAAAUGUGCUGCUGGCGAUUCUGAGCGGACAGAAGCAUCCACCUAACCGGGAUCAUCCACUGACGCCACUGCUGCGGGACUGCCUUGCACCGAUCACCUGUCACGUAGCGGUAGUGGCGCAUGUAGCUCACACACAGACCCACACGGACACGCUCACGACCAUCCAGCUUGCCUCACGCAUCCAUCGGAUGCGGCGAAGACUGCGGCCCCGAAACCAUCUGCUAGGCGACAAGGGACUGAACAAUGGGUCGUCCGGCCACCAGUCGGGCGGUUCGUCCGAGGGUCCGGAUCCAUCCAGCUCCGACUUUUCGCAGGACACCGUCAUCUACAUGGGCCCUUGCGAUGAUCCAACUGACGGGGAGCAUCCACCCGUCUAUCUUCCAAGUCUGAACUCGGGCGACAAUCGGUGCGCCAUGAACAAGGCGCUCAAGGGUUCGGUGGCAGAGAAAGGACCCUGCACCGCGACUCCUUCACCCAAGAAGAAAACAUCCGCGGCAAGUGCUUCCAAAGCUCAAUCCACAAACGCUCCCGGUACGAGUAGUGCCACCACUGUUCCUGGCCGCACCGAUAGUCUUAAGCGCAACCAGCAUUCAGCGUACGCGCACCAGCAGGGCCAGGGUCCGGAGCUGGUCUCGAGCGCCAUUCAGAUAGCGGCCCAGCACGCCUCGCCCAAAGUGAUAGCGGGAGCCUUUAAGCAUGUGUCUGGCGUCAGUAAAGGCUCCAACAUCCCUACGCCAAAGGGUUCGCCCAUGCGACGCCCAACGGCAGGGCCGGCCGUCGCGAACGUCGGCGGCCCCUCCGCAAACCGAGAAAGUCCCUCGCGACAAAUCAGCGAAGAGAAGUGGAUCGAUGGUCCGCGAGUUUCCAAAUCCAAGGUGCAUGAAGCGCGUCAUCUAAUGCGCGAAAUCAAUCACGUGAAGAAGUGUGAAACUUGGGUCGAUGGUCCUCGAACACACAGCGCACAAGCUCAUCCGAGUCAAUCACAACCGCUGUCAGCAAGUGCGGCAGCAGCGGCAGCCGCCGCUGCCAACAUUGCCGGCGGGUACGGGUUUAUGGAUACGCACAAGAAGAACAUGAUCCGACAGUGGGUCGAAAACCAGUCCAUCCAGCUCCUCCAGCAGUCCAUGUCAGCCAACAACUCACCGAUGCACACGAAGCACCAUACCACUUACAGUUUGCCAAAGUUUAAGCCGAGCCGAUCGGAUGAGGAUGGUUUCUUGACGCUCGAGCUCGAUCGUGCGAACGGUGAUGAGUUGGUCAAUCCGAUCGCAAUGCGAGGCUUCACUGCGGCGACUACUGUUGCAGCGAACAGCUCGGAGAGUCACGUGCGAACGGGCCUGAAGCAGGGUUACAGUUUCGACGCAGAACAGACAUACAAUGUUACCACACAGCAGCAGCAGCAGCAGCAGCAGCAUCAUCAACAUCCCCAGCAGAGUCAACCACUUUACGCAUCGGUGUCUCAUGCCGCUAAAAUGUCCACCGCGGCACCCACAGCAACGAUGACCUCGGCAAGCUCUCUGCAUGACAAUCACUCGGAACGAUCGCGCACUACAUCACAAGCUAGUGAUAGGGCGUCCCACACGCAACAGCAGCAAACGGAUGCGACCACCCAGGAGGAGGAGGAUCAGGACAGUGGACCUUCGGAAGUACCGCCGGCGUUGCCGCUCAUGGAUCCGCUUGGUUCGCGGGAAAUCUCACACGAAAGCAUCCACAUGCUCUGCUCGCGUCAUGCGUCCCGGGAUGACGCGAUGAGCGUGCAUAGCCAUAACAGUCACAACAUCGGCAUGAUGGACUGUGGACUACAGGUGACGGAGGAUGAAAUUGCCAAGACUAUGAAGGGAGAGCAUCCACUGAGCGCCUUGAGUCAUGGAGAGUUGUCAAUCGUAUCGAGCUUCAAUGUUGGUGGAGAUGUCUUUAGUGAUUGUGUUAUCGGCGAUAACAUGAGGAGCCAAUUUGACCAACUCGCACGACUGCGCGAGAUCUUCACCUCCCAGCUAGCGAUGGCCGAGGUGACACCUUCCUUCCGGCUCGGCGAUACAAACAGCGUGUACAGUGAGCCCGCCUAUCGCUUCAAUGCCGGCCCGGGCAGUGUCUGCAGCGAACCGGCCUACCGUCCACCGAGUCCACGCUGCCGGGAUUGUCGCCAGUCCAUGACGAUGUCUCGCACACCCAGCCAAAGCUCGUUGCCAAGCCUCACGGGGAUAGUGGCGAUCGCGGGCAUGGAACAGUACGCCUCCCUUCGCCAUCCGGACGGUGCGUCCGACCCAAACCUGCCGAAGAUGGAGAAAACAACGGACGACAUGCUGGACCCGGACGACGGACCUCACACGCACAUCCGCGAGAACCCGCUGGCCGAGCUGCUCCACUGCCAGAGCGAAGACGACGAUGGGCAGCUGAAAGGACCGUCGUCCACUCUGCUUCCACCCCAGAACCUGCCCACCCUGCCGCUGCUACCUCUGUCCACACCGGAAGCGUACGAUAGUGGGCACGAUUCGACGCCCCGCACCUCGAAACAUUCGGGCAUCUCGCGGCGCGCCGAGAGUGGAUACCAUAGCGUCGGGACGGUGCGGGACAGCGACGAGUCGAGCUUCGGGUCGGCGGCGUCCAGGGCGCACCAGAAGUCGGCCGGUGCCGGUGGCAAGAAGCGCAACCGUGCCGACAACAAAUCGCUCUGCCACUGGCUGCGGAACCCGUUCAACUGCACCUAUCCCGACACGGAGGGUGAAAUCAGUGACUUCUAGAAGGCCGUUCGAUGUGCUUUAGCUAAUCUGUUCAUCGUGCUGUACUGCGCGUCGUCGUGACAACUUCGCCAUGGCAAGCUACAUCAGUGUUGUAUGUUUAGUUUUUUGGUUUACUGCAAAAGCCUGCUACAUCGCCAGAAUAUCGCCUAUAUAUUGCUGACAAUAAGAUCGCUUGAUCCAAACGCUCACGCGGACGAACUGUAAUGGGUGGAGGCUGUAAGACGCGGAACAGAAACUAACCCUAAUUGGUGCUUCACAUUAGUAGGGUGCUUCAUCGCAGGUUGACAGUGAAAAGUAAUCAAUUCUUCUCAAAUUUAACUUCUAUUUUUAUGCUCCUACAUCUGUACCACUCUCUUGAUCUCCUUUUCUCUAUCUCUCUCUCUCUCUUAACACUUCACAGCAUUGCUGAGUAAAAAUCAUAAUCAUAAUCGUUAUGUCAUGCUUUUCUGUCGUUGUUGGAUAAUUGUACUGUUUACCCUGCUGUUAUCGAACUAUCAUUCGAACAUCGUUCAACAAAUGUUGCAGUGUGUUUCGCUGCCUCUGGGCUAAAUGCUUCCUAAUCGCUCUAAUCGCACAGAUAAAUUAUGGCACAAACCGAUUGUACAGACUAGUUUAAUGCGAUUAUUAUUGCUUGGACUUUUAAUUCAAGCCAACCUGUCCCAUUGCCCGGUUCCCGUUGUAUCGAAUAAUGUUUUAAAAUUAAAUUUCACCUCCAUUUAGAAAGGCUCGCAUCGAACUAAUGACACUACUACCACUACUCGGUUGCCAAAAAUGUGCCCACCCCAUUAAAAUGUCGCUGCGCUGCGCGCUAAAUGCCAUGCCAUGUCGCCCCGUAACUAAUUGCGUUAGCGAAAUUAAGCCCUAUCCCCCCCCCCCCUCCGCAUUGCACGUUCCGUACUAAGUGGGCAAUUGAACUGAUUUGUGCGAUAAUUAUCUCCCAAUCGGAGGGGGGGGGGGGGGGGGGGUGAGGGGCUCUUACGGUACUAUAUUGAGGGCACUUUGAAUGGUCGCUUGUUACAGAGUGCAUGUGUAAAAAAAAAUAAAAAAAAAAAUAAACAAACAUCGAAAUGCAAAUCCUACCAGUAGAGCAUCAGCGCAACGCAACGCAAAAAAGCGCUACACGAAACAAUCGUUUAUGUAUAAUCUGUUAUUAAAUCUCUAUCGGGUUGGGUUUGGGUGGCGGAACCAGUGGGUGGCCGCCCUCCCCCAUGCUGCUUUUUUGUUGCUCUUUGUUCACAAACCGAUCGAACAAUUGUGGCAAUUACGAUGCGAUAAUCACCAUGGUAAUGUAAAUGAUUUGCAAUCCGAUUUAUGUGUUCGCGCGGUCUUAAGUAGCGAAAUAAAAUAAACAAAAGAAAAUAAGAUUAAACGAAUAGCGAACACGUUUAUGGAAGGGAGUGAGAAAGGGAGAGAAAGUGUGCGAGUGAAAUAGAGAGAGAGAAAGAGAGAGAGCGGGAGAAUGGUUAAAAGGGGGACAGACAGAGUAGAAAAUAGUAAAUCGAAGUAUGAAGAGAUAUCAAUUUUACCUGUCAACAAUCAUAGUAGCAGAAAAGCAUGACGUUAUCCCUCUUAGUAACAACCACAACAACGCGGCCGUUUGUUUACAAUCGUUGAGUUCGAUUCUUCAACAGUUUAAUGCUGAUUAAUUUUUUAUUUAAACCCGAUCUUUGUACAGCAUUGUAAGAAGCAUUUCAGCUGUUGCAAGAAUUGAGCACAACAGAUUAUAAACCAACCGUUUACUAAGCCAUCUACAAACAGCAGCACAGCACUGAAACCACUCACAAAUGAGAGGGGAACACAGAUUUUAAUUGGCACUAGGAUACUACUAAUGAUCAUCACUAAUCAUAUGCAGGAGACGCACGGUGGUUUCCGGUUCCGAAAAUACAGGUACACAGUUUUAUAGAAUGAAAUUUUACAACAAUCCCGAAAGACGGACGUUGCCCCAUGCCCCCUUGUUGUCGUUCAUCGAGCAAGCGUCGGCUGCUUUGAUCCCGAAAGAUAGAGAAAGAGAGAGAAAAACACACACUGCUAGCUAUCCAAAAUCCGCGAUCCUUCCUAUAUAGCGCGCGUGCGUUGGUGCGUGCGUGAGAACUGAGAAGCAUCACCAGCCUCUUAAUGGACCGAUUAUACUAUUGUAAUUAUUAUUACCAUUAUUGCGACGGCUAUUGUACGAAAGGUGUAUUGUAUAAUCUUUUUAUCUACCGCUUUUAUCGAUGCUCGACACAAAUGUGACGAACGUAUUGAAGGGCGAGGGAGAGCGAGAAAUAAUCAACUGAAAAUAGAAAAUAAUUUUAUAAAAAGAC